UUUAUCAUCACGCCAUAUUUCAGCGAUGAUUUACUGUUGAAAUAAGUUAGUUUUUAAAUCGUGUCGCAAAAGAAAUUGCCUUCAUAUGUUAAUAUCUUAGCCGCAAUUGAAUGAUCAUGCUAACAAUUGAAUUCGGCUUAUGUCACUGAAUUGGAAAAAACGAAUUGAAUAAAAUUGAGUUUUAAACCUGAGUGAGUGAACACACUGGACGUGAGUGGAACGUUUUCGAACGAAGUGAACUUGAUCGAAGUUUCGUUUAGAAUUAAGGGAAGAAUUGAAUCAUGUCCUUCUCGUUGGCGGGCGCCCUGCCCUUGGCGGCCAGCAUGGGCACCGCUGCCUUCUGGCUCGUGCCCUCGCUGCUCGUCGCGCUCGCCUACAACAGAUACGAGUCCUCGGAUCCUGAGGGGCGGCCCUCCGUCAGAGAAAAUCUCUGGAAGGAAUACGACUUCAUCGUCGUGGGCGCAGGCUCUGCGGGUGCGGUGGUGGCCAACAGACUCUCGGAGGUGCCACAGAGUAAAGUGCUGCUGCUAGAGGCCGGGCUCGACGAGACCGAGAUCAGCGACGUGCCUGCGCUGGCUGCGUAUCUUCAGCUCUCAAAAAUGGACUGGAAGUACAAAACUGAACCGCAAGACUCCGCGUGCCUAGCUAUGGCGGGCCGGCGCUGCAACUGGCCGCGUGGCAAGGUGUUGGGGGGAUCAUCAGUCCUCAAUUAUAUGCUGUACGUGCGCGGCAACCGACGGGACUACGAUGAGUGGGAGCGACAGGGCAACCCGGGCUGGGACUUCGACUCCAUCCUUCACUACUUCAAGAAGUCCGAGGACAAUCGCAAUCCUUACAUCGCUCAGAACACGCAUUACCACGGCACGGGAGGCUACCUCACCAUCCAAGAGUCCCCCUGGCGGACGCCGCUCGCGAAUGCGUUCGUGGAGGCGGGCGUUGAGAUGGGCUACAGCAACCGGGACUACAACUCCGCUUACCAGACCGGGUUCAUGAUCCCUCAAGGCACCAUCCGCCGAGGCUCGCGCUGUUCCACGUCUAAGGCCUUCCUCAGGCCCGCCAGGGGGAGGAAAAAUCUCCACAUCGCCACCAACGCCUUCGUCACCAAGAUCCUGAUCGACCCUGGCACCAAACGGGCGUACGGAGUGAAGCUCAUCAGGAACCGUCGGGUGGUCGUGGUCACGGCAAGGAAGGAAGUCAUUCUGAGCGCCGGCUCCGUCAACAGCGCCCAGCUUCUCAUGCUGUCGGGCGUCGGCCCCCGCCAGCAUCUCCAGCAUCAUCGGAUCCCCGUAAUUCAGGACCUGCAGGUGGGCUACAACUUGCAGGACCACAUCGGCACAGGCGGCCUCGUCUUCACCAUCAACGAGGAACUCUCGCUCGUGCAGAACAGAUACGAAAAUCUACCUUCGGUCCUUAGAUACGCCAUGUUUGGCGCCGGUCCAUUGACAGUAUUGGGUGGUGUUGAAGGAGUCGGGUUCGUAAACACCAAGUACAUGAACUCGUCCUCUGACUGGCCGGACAUAGAAUUUCACUUCGUUUCUGGCAGUCCAGCUUCAGACGGCGGCAGACAUAUACGCAAAGCGCAUGGUCUCAACCAGAAGACCUGGAACAAGAUGUUCAAACCCAUCGCUUACAAAGACACCUGGUCCAUAUACCCGAUGCUGCUGCGGCCGCGCUCCCGGGGCUACGUGUCGCUACGCUCCUCCUCCCCCUUCCACCAUCCUGUCAUCACCCAUAACUACCUUACUCACCCUCUGGAUGUGGCCACCAUGGUUGAAGGAAUCAAAAUAGGAAUAGCGUUGUCACAAACGAAGGCGAUGCAACGGUACAAGUCGCGCUUCUAUGACGUGGCGAUCCCUGGGUGCGAGCACGUCUUGAUGUGGACAGACGCGUACUGGGAGUGUCUGGCCCGCCACUACACCGCCACCAUCUACCAUCCCGCCGGCACUGCCAAGAUGGGACCUUACUGGGACCCUGAUGCUGUCGUCGACCCUGAGCUCAAAGUGUACGGCAUAUCUGGGUUACGCGUGGUGGACGCAUCAAUCAUGCCGACGCUGGUGUCCGGUAACACCAACGCUCCCGUCAUCAUGAUCGCUGAGAAGGCUUCUGACAUGAUCAAGCAAUACUGGUACUCACAGUACUACGCUGCACGUCGUAACGAUACCUCGUCUCCAUAUUUAUCUUAGCCUCAGAUCAAUUAGGAUGUUAUAAUUUAUGUACAGGUUAGAUUUAAAUGCGUCUAUUUCGCUUUGCUCAUCACUGCCUGGCAGAAAUGAAGAUAUUCUGAUCCCUGAACAGUCAGAGGACUGCUUCUUGGGACAAUUUUUCGCAAAUUUUUAAUCACUUAAUAAUCUAAUAUUCUGCUGAUUUUAGGUGCCUAAGAUCGCGAUGUGAAUAAAGAUUACCUCGAACAGAGCAAGUGGAUAUUUUAGAAAUUGACCGCUAAAAACUCUGCUAUCAAUCAUUUCAGUCAAAGCUUUUCUUUCAGCAAAUUUCUAACUUGAAAUAAAUAGCAAUUUAUUUUGCUUUGAAUAGAGCUCUUAAAAGGCGUAUUUUUUUGUUCAAAUAUUACCUUUAUUAGCUUUUGUAUGUGAGCGAUAGGCGUUAGAUUUAUUAUUAGUGUGUGCAAUGCUUUUUUUGUAUUAAAGAAGCUAAGUUUGCAUGCCUGUUCUAGUCAGAAAUGUAAGCUGUGUUUCAAGUCAGUCGUGCAGUUGAAACAGAAGCUUUCUUCAAUUCUUGUUUCUCACCGAGCCUCCUUUAAUAUGUUGCCAUUUGUUUGCAUGUCCAUCGAUUUCGCCUUUGAUUUAGACAUUGAAUUAUAAAUAUUGUUGAAAACAUUUUGCCGUUUAUGAAUUUGAAUUGCUCAUAUUCUCCGCUUUUACAUAUUUCUAUUUAUUUUAUCAUUUAUGCACGAUUCAUCACUUUGAAAGCAUAAUGAAAUAGCAUUCGAAAUCAUAGUAAAAUCAUCUUUUAUUUUGUGUCUUUAAAUGAAGUACCGACAUACGUUUGUUGUGCCGUCGAUAUCAGUUAUGAAAUACAUGUGUAAGGUUUCGGCGAUAAAUUGCCUAAAGAACUAAAUUUUUCAUCCUAGGAUUCUUUGAAAAUGUUUCGAUUUUUGCGCU